CAAGCUCACCCAAACACCUGGAGCGAUCACCUGCCUUGGAUCGAAUAUGCGCACAACUCCCUGCCAAAUGCCUCAUCAGGUAUGUCUCCCUACCUGUGCUCCCUGGGUUACCAGCCCCCGUUGUUCCCUUCACAGGAACGUGACAUUGCCGUCCCGUCGGUCCAAGCCCACAUCAGUCGUUGCUCCAGGGUCUGGGAGAAGGCGCGCUCCGCACUCCUCCGCGCGUCCGAGAAAUCCCGUACUCAGGCUGACCGCCGCCGUAGGCCUGCGCCCGUCUACACUGUUGGCCAAAAGGUGUGGCUCUCCUCAAAGACCCUACCGCUCAAGACUGAGUCAGUUAAGCUCUCCCCCCGGUUUGUUGGUCCCUUUGAAAUCACCAAGGUGGUGAAUCCUACCGCCGUGCGCCUCAAGCUCCCAGCCCAUUUCAGAGUCCACCCUACCUUCCACGUCUCCCAAGUCAAGCCUGUUUCCACGAGUCCUUUGGCACCCCCUGUUCCGCCGCCUCCGCCGCCGCUAUCUGUCGAUGGGGGUCCUGCCUACAGGGUAGAGCGGCUUCUCGAUGUCCGCCGCCGAGGCCGUGGGCUUCAGUACCUCGUCGACUGGGAGGGCUAUGGCCCUGAAGAGCGGUCAUGGAUCCCGGCUCGGUGGGUGUUGUCCCGCGAGCUCAUCCGAGAUUUCCACCGUGCCCAUCCCGGUCGUCUUCGUCGGGCGCCAAGUGGCGCCCGUAGGCGGGGGGGUCCUGUUAGGGCCUCAGCCCCUCCCUCCUGAACCCUGGCCCACCUUGGGCAGGUGUGAGUGUUUUUGAUUUGCAGGUUGGACGCCAGACGGGUGGAGCGGCCACAGCUGCUGGCAAUGACAAUCAGCCAUCUUCAUAAGCCAGUGGACGCCACCACCUCGUCGCCCGAUCAACUAGUCUGUUUUACCACGUCAGUCCUGACUUUGCGCGCCCCUAUCGGAUCCCACGCCUGCCUUCCUUCCGAGCUUCCACACCCCGCGUCGGCUCAGCUACACCGAGCAGAACAAUUUACGCCCGCCACGUUAUUGUUUGUGCUCGCCAAUAAAAUAUUAUUCGCCACAACCCCUGCUUGUCUGCAUUU